AUGGAAACUGAGAAACCAUCUAAAAAUCCUGAACAGGAGGAGAUGUAUAGGAAGGUUAAGAGCCUGGAACAGUCAUUCAUGAAUAUGCAAGGGUUGGGAGGUCAGGUAAGCAUGGCUUACAGAGAUCUAUGUUUAUUUCCAGAUGUUCAGUUGCCGACGGGGUUUAAGAUGCCCAAGUUUGAUUUGUAUGAUGGGCAUGGAGACCUGGUGGUGCACUUGAGAGGUUUCGGUAGCAAAAUGAGGGGAGCUGGCGGGAAAGACGAGUUACUAAUGGCGUAUUUGAGUCAAAGUCUGAGUGGUUCGGCGCUGGAGUGGUACACUCGGCAGGAUCACGGCAGAUGGUAUACAUGGGAUGAUCUAGCCCAGGCAGCAAGGGUUGACCCUCCAAUGAAAGAAAGCGAAAUGGUGGAUUAUUUUCUGCAGGCCUUAGAACCUACUUAUUACGGCUAUCUAGUAUCAGCUAUAGGCAAGUCCUUCAAUGAAGUAGUGAAGAUGGGCGGUAUGGUAGAAGAAGAGCUUAAGUCAAACAAAAUCAUGAGCUAUUCGGCUAUUAAGGCAACUACCCAGGCCAUUCAGAGCGGUACUAGGGGAGUAAUCGGAAAGAGGAAGAAAGAGGAUGUGGCAACGAUUGAUUCAGGAGCUUGGCUAAGACAAUUGGAUAUGCUGAGGCCGAUCGAGUCAAAAUUACCAAAUCCUCCCCCGAGAAAUCUUGAUUAUUCUGUAAGCUGUGAAUAUUGUUCUGGUGCUCUGGGGCAUGAUACGGAGAAAUGCUGGCAUUUGAAAAAUGCUAUCCAAGAGCUCAUUGAUACAAAUCGGAUUGAAGUCCAAGCUCCGGAGGCACCCAACAUCAACCAGAACCCGCUGCCUGUGAGCACGUGA